AUGGCGCCUGCGUACCGGCCGCCGACCCAGAGUCCCUACACGCCCGUCUACGCCUCGCCGUUCCUCCCCGCGCCCGCGCCCGCCCUCCCUCCCGGCGCUCGACCACUUCCCAACUUCGCGACAACCUUCCCGCUGCCGUUCGCGCCGCCCCCCGCGGCCUUCUACUUCGUGCAGGACGCCCGCGGCGCCGUCGGCUUCGGCGGCCCCGGGGCUCCCAGCCCGGCGCCGCCCUUCGCGCCGCCCACGCCGUCCCACGUCUGUGCAGCUCCGGGCUUCGCCCCCGCAGCGGCCGCUUCGCCGGCGCAGCCGCGUCCUGCCGGGGGCGACGCCGAGAGGCGAGCGGAGAGGCCGCCGACGCCGCGCGCGUCGCAGGUCCUCGGCGCGCGGGCGCGGGUGCGGGUGCGGGCGCGGGAGGAGGAUCGCCGGCGCGACGCCGCGCGUGGCGGCUGCGGCGGCCGCCGCAGCCGCCACGCGCCGCCUCGCAGUCCGCCGCGCUUCGCGCCCAGCCGCCACGGCGGCGAGGCGCCCUGCGGGGGCGGCCUGCUGCCGCUGCGGGGGCCGCCCGCCCGCAGCGAGGGGCGCCGCGAGUCCGACGAGCGACGUGGCGCGCGUGAGGAGGCGGUUGGGCGUGGCGAGCGAGGAGCAGGCCGCUGGUCGCCGAAGCGGACUGCGAGAGGGCCCGGCGGUGCAGACCGUCUGCAUGCGCUCCGCUCGUUUUCCGCAGCGUCGUUGCGGCGUUCGCCUGCACGGCGUUGUCGGCAGCGAGCCUCGCCGCAUCCGCGUGAUGUUUCGACAGGCGUCUGGCGGGGGCGCGAGAGGCAGCCGUCUGUUUCGGCGCACCCGGAGGGGUCGCUGCAAGCGUCGUUCUCUUGCUGUCUUCUUCAGCCGCGCCCGGAGUCCUUGGCGUCGUCCGGCGAGUGGGUCGGCGCGCCGAGGCCGCCAUUCCCCGGCGAGCACCCGGCGGUGCCUCGCGAACGCUUCGAGGUGGCGCCGGGGCUUUCGGCGUCCUCCACGCGGCUCGCCUCCCCGCUGGCGGCCGCGCCGUCCUGUCCAUGGAGCGACCGCAGCCCCGGCGCGGAGAGUCUAGCCCAGGCGCUGUCGCCGACUGUGGCCGCGCGCGACGGCGCAGGGGGGCUGGGGCGUACCUGCGCCGCGUCGCUGCGGAGCCUCUCGUCGCUCUCCUCCUCGGUGAUCUCCGAGGACGCCGCUGCUGCGGACGGCGGCGAGGCUCCGGACGAGAUUGGGCUCCGCCUGCUGGGCGCCUCUCCCCUGCGAUCGCCCGUCACGUCUUCCGCCUCGUCACGCGCGUCUUCGCCGCGCUCUUCGCCGUCCGCCUCCGUCGCCGAGGCGCCUGCCUAUGCCUUUUCGACUCUCGCGUUCUCCGCUCCCUGCCUGGAGUCCUCGCCGUCGCCUGAAGGCCCUUCCGCCGCGUCGUCGCUCGUGCCGCCAGCCGAAGUGAUUGUGUUGUCCGAUGGCGAGGAGGGUCCUGCGGCUGCGGCGGAGAAGGACGCGCCCGCCCCGCCCUCGAGCCAGGGCGGAGAAGCAGACGACAAAGCCUCCCCCGCGGAGCCGCGGGGCGGUCCAGCGCCACGUGCCGCUGCGAGUCUGGAGAGGCGCACGCGCGCGCGCGACGACGACGCGGGCGCGCACUCGUCAGCCGAACGCCGGAUCAGCCGCCGCGGCGGCGGCAGAGGAUGCGAGAGAGAGUCGGCGACGUCGCUGUCCUCCCUGUCGCCCUCCGUGGAGACCGACUCUAGGCCGCCACGCAGGUCGCUCCGCGCCCUCCGUUCCUCCUCCUUCUCCUCCCGAAAGGCCCGCGAGGACGCCGUAGCACUGCCCACCGCGCCCGCGCCUUCCCCAUCGUCGCCGUCGCCUCCUUUGCCGCGCUUUCCUGCGGCGUUUCUGGCGCGGGCGCUGCCGGCCGUCUCGCCGCUCGCUGAGGCGUCGCCGCCCCCGCGCGUGGGGUCGUUCGGGGCGCCUUCGCUGCCGCGCCUGGAGUCGUGGCAGACGUUUCGCGCGCUGCACGUCUCGAGGCCAGUGGAGGCGAAGCGCCGGCAGACGUUCUUCCGCGGCCGGCGCCCGCGCGACCUGAAGGUGGCGAUCCUCGGCGCAGGCAUGUCAGGCAUCAGCGCCGCGCGCGAACUGCGCGACGCAGGGGUGAAGUCCGUCGUCGUCUACGAGGCGCGCAGCCGCGUCGGCGGCCGCUGCUGCAGCGCCUCCGUGGCGGCCGAGGCGCCCGCGCAGGGCCCCCCGGCGGAGACCCGAGUGGAACCCGGCGGCUGGGGCGGCGGCGGCGGGGGCGGCGACCGCCCCGAGGCGGGCCUGGCGGUGCAGGCUCCCCCCGCUCGACCACAGACUGCAGGCGCGCUGAAGGGCGAGCUGACCGUGGAAAGCGAAGAGCUAGACGCAGACAACGCAAGCGGAGCCGGCGCGGCCGCUGCCGCCGCGGCCUCGGCGGCGUCUGCGCCGGCGCGCGCGUCGUGGUCGCCCGCAGGAGCGGCGGCUGCGAGUUCGGCGGGCGCUCCAGCGGCGGCGCCCGUCGCGGCCGAGUCGGUCAUCCCUGGUAUUGAUCUCGGCGCGUCCUGGAUCCACGGAAUCGACGGUAACCCGGUCUACGCGAUCUGUCUGUCCCACGGGCUCCAUCCCUUCGGCGCCGCGCGGGGCGGCGGCCUCGAGGAGCUGCCGCCGCCCCGCGCGGCGGGGACGGAGGCGGAGGCUGCGUCGCUCGCGCCGGCAGGCGCGGAGGCCCGCGCGGACGAGGAGGAGGAGGCGGAGGAAGUCCUCUUCGAUGAGGCGACCGGCGAGCGCGUCGACGUCUGCGUCGACGCGUGGGCCUACGCAACCCACCAGCGCCACCAGAAGGAAGCAGAUCUCUCGAUGCGGCGCGAGGAAGAGCCACGCGGCGGCCGCGUGCUUCGCGGGGGGGCGCCGGACGCUUCGCACGCCGAGCAGCGCCGCCUCCUUCGUCUCUCUCUCGGCGAAGUCCUCAACGCCAAGAUGCGGCAGGCCGUCCGCGAGCGCAGAGCCGCUCAGACAGCCCGCCAGAAGCGCGACGACUGUGCGGUGGAGGCGGGCGCGCCUAACAAAGAGGAAAGGGCCUUGCAGAAAGAGGACGAAUCGGCCACUCAGAACGAAGAGGAAGGCGUCGCGCAGGAGGGCGACUCCGUCGAGAGCCGGCUGCUUCUCUGGCACUUGAACAACUUGGAGUACUCCGCCGGCGCUGACGUCGAAGACCUCUCCAUGGUCUGCUGGGACCAGGACGAUCUCACGGCCUUUCAGGGGCAUCACGUGCUAAUCUGGGAAGGCUACAAGGCCGCGGUAGAGGUUCUGACGCGAGACUUGGACAUUCGCUUCCGACAUGUCAUUUCGAAGAUAUCCUACGACGACACCGGCGUCGUGCUGGCCUUCGAGAACGGCGAUGUCUCUCCCCGAUUCGAUUUUUGCAUCAUCACGCUGCCUCUAGGCGUCCUGAAGGCGUCGGUCCGCGCCUACGAGGAGAGCCUCGAGGCGCAGCCCUCGGCGGGCGCAGAGGCGCAGGCCGGCGCGGGGACUGGCGCCGCUGAAGAGGGACACUCUACCGAGGCGGAGACCGACGAAUAUAGCCGAGGCGCUGUGGAGCGCGGACGUGAUGGAGCGAUGGCUGCGGAGUCCGCCGAGGCGACAACGGCAGACUCGAGGCGCGGCAACACACAGGCCGCGCCCGUGGCGUCAGCGGACCCGGCGCCCAACUCCUCCGCGCGUCCAGAGAGCCUCUCGCCGAGCGUCGCCUCCCCGACCGACUCUGCGGAGCGCCAGUUCUCCGACGACCCGGACGAAGGCCUCUCCUCUCCUCCCUCGGCUGCAAUCUCAACUGCUGCAUCGCCCGCGGCUGCAUCGCCCGAUGCUGCGUCGCGCGAUGCAGCGUCUGCUUCCUCUGCUGCGUCGCCCUCUUCGAUCAGGUCCGAGGCGGGCGCGGGCUGCGAGCAGGAAGUGGAAGACGGUGAGGCGCUCGAGGGGAGCCGCGAGACUGUGGGGAAGCAGAAUGUGGGGUCCUGGCGGCCUCAGUGUCCGGAGGGGUCUCCACCCGACUCGGCGUCGUCCGUCUCGACUUCUGGCUCGCCUCCCGCGGCUUCGCUUUCGCCUCCUUACGCGCACUCCUCGGUUGGCUCGCUCUCGCCGCUGGCGGCUCACCCGACGGCCGAGGCCGCGCCCUCAGGGCUGCCUUUGGGUGCGGAGACGACGGGCGCAGAGGCGAGGGGCGCCGCCGAGCCGCGGAAGGCCGCAGGCGACGAAGGGCUCUACGACGCGCUGCACGACGUGCCAGUGAACUUCAAGCUGCCCGCCGAUAUUCUGCCGUUCCUCCUGCCCGCGGGCGCGCGCAGGAAAAAGAGGAAGAAUGCGAGCUGCGAGGAAGGCCGCGUCGGACUGAUGCCUGAGCGCGGCAGCGAUGGCGGAGAAGAAGGAAGCAGAGCGAUCUCGGCGGCCGACCAGACGCUCAUGUGCGACGGAAAGAGCCUCGGCAAAGAGUUGAAGGCGGAGGCAAUCGAGACACGGAAGAGCGGUGCCCAUGGCAACGCGUUGCCUGGUCAGAGCGACGGCGACGCACACGAGUGUGAAAGGGUCACGUGCAGAGGAAUCAAAACGGAGGACGCUGCAGAAUCGGCGGAGCCACGGAGCGUGGCGAGUGCGUCUUCGUCUGCUGCAUCGCGUCGUGGUUCCUCCUCGCCUUCGCCUUGCGUGCCUCCCCGCGCCACCUCGUCGCGCUCCGUCUGUGGGCCCAACUCGCCCGACUCGCCCGCCGCACCCCCCUGCACCGCGCCAUCACCUUCAUCUUUUUCUCCGUCGUCUUCGCCUUGCUCCCGUGCUUCGUCUGCUUCUGGCUGUUCGUCUGCUGUUUCGUAUUCUACUUCUGCGGUCGCGGCUCUGUCGGGAGCGGCGCGGUGGCGCUGCCUGUCGGAGGCGCGCUGCGCGAGUUCGCGGGGUCUUGUGGCUUUCGAGCCGCCGCUGCCUGAGUGGAAGCGGGAGGCCGUGAAGCUGGUAGGCAUGGGCAACAUGAACAAAAUCGCUCUCGUCUUUCGCACGCCCUUCUGGAUUUACGAAGACGAAGAGGACUCCGAAUCCGACGCAGCGACGCCAGAAGGCCCGCCGGCGGACGCGGGCGGCGACGCGCAGGCGGCGAGCCUCCCGCAGCGCGCCUGCGUAGAGCCAGCGGUCGAGCCCGCAGCGAGCGUGGGGGGGAACAGAGAGACGGCCACAGCGAGAGCCGACGCGGGCGGAGAGCGUGAGGGACGCGAGGCCGCAGAGGACGAGGCAGGCGGGGCGGCGGAGGUCGACGCCAGACCCUGCGCCGGCAGAGACUCGCCAGAGGCCAGCCAGCAGACGCCAAUCCCAAGCGCGCCUGCAGCGGGAGCACGGAGCAAUGGAAUCGAGAAGUGCGAGGAAGAGGACGACAAAAAGUCCCUAGACGAUCCCACAGAGGCGUGCACACUUCUUCUGAAUGCGAAGGAAGAUCGUGGGGAAGGCAGCCGCGCCGAAAACCAGACACAAUCAAACGGCGAGCCGGAAGGCGUCGACCAUGCCCGGGGCGACUCGGGUGGAGGGCCGGACUCCACUGCCUCGUCUCUCCACGCGCCCCUGCCUGCAGCUUCGACGGGUGUCUGUCCUGCGUUGACCUCGGCGUCGCCGCCUUCGCCCUGUCACGCUUCUUCGCCUUCGCUGUUUUCGAUUUACUCUCAGUCAGGCUCGGAUGCGUCGGGCGUGCCUCCGCCGCUGUCGCCGCACUCGCCCACGGCCUCGCCGCCGCAGGCAGAGACCUCCACUCUCUUUUUCUCGGCUUCCUCGUCUGCCUUGCAGGCGCCGGCGUGCCCAGCCCUCGCCGCAGAUCCUCCCCCCGCCCUGCCGGUGCCCUCUUCCUCGCUCGCUGCAGAGGCCGCCCCUCGCGCCGCCGCAGCUGCCUCUGCGGCGGACUGUGGAGCCUCGUCUGCAGGCGCCUUUUCGCCGACCUUUUCGGUUUCCUCUUCGUGCCUGAGGCCGCAGACACGCCUCGCCCUGAGGCGGUCGGAGCACCUCAAGAGCGGCAUCGGCGGUGGCGGGCGCGGCGCCGAGCGCGGCGGCGGCCGCAGCGGCCGGGGCCGCCGCGAGGAGCGCGCAGAGAGCGCGCGGGAGAAGUCGGGAAAAGUCGAAAAAAAUGCGCAGACACUCGCCGACGGAGGCGGCGACCGCGGCAGCAGUGCGGCGAAGGAAAAGGGGAGAAAGAUGCGCGGGCGAGGCACAGCGGCGGGCGCCGCAGCGACCUUUAGAGAGGGUUCAUGUCUGGACGCAAGUCGCGACGGAAAUGUGGAAAGCGGGAAGAAGAAAAGGAGAGCACCCAUCCCCAGACAGAGAGGAUGGGCCUCGAAGGAAAAAGGGCGCUACGCGCAACUCGUCUACCUCCACCCGAAGCCGAUCAUCCUCGUGCUGGUUCCUGGCGCCUUUUCGUUUCUGUCGGAGAAGCAGCCGAAGGAGGCGCUAGUUGCCGAGGCGCUGCGCGUGUUGAUAAAAAUUCAUCGCGGCCGUAUCGAGGCGCCAGUCAAGGCCUUCGUCUCGCGGUGGGGGAGCGACCCCUUCGCCAGAGGCAGCUACUCCUACCUGCCGCCGGGCACGACGGGACGCGAUUUUGACCUUCUCUCGUACCCUGUGCAUCACCGGCUUCUCUUUGCCGGCGAGCACACCAUCCGACCCUAUCCGAGCACCGUCCACGGCGCGUGUCUGAGUGGGCGGCGCGAAGCCACGCGCAUCUUGGACUGGGUGACCGGCUUGGCGGAGAAGCACGCACUCCUCAAGUGGUUUCAAAACGUCGAAGAAGGCCUAUGGUUCUCGGUCGACCUGAACGAGAUGGACGCCGCCGCCGGCUACUUCGAGGACUGCCUCGAGGGCCCCACUGCCGGCGAGAGAGACCAGUGGUUCGCUGCCGGGGUGCGCUGCGCGUUUUGCGGGGAGCCACAGACUUUCCAGCGGCCGUUCAUCGGCUGCGUGUCGCUGCCAGUGCCUCGCGGCGCGCCGGCGUCUGGGGAGGGGCGAACUGGGGGGGCGGAGCUCGCGUUGCGCUUCGCCGCGCACGAAGACUGCUGUUACCACACGCCAGGCGUCGUGAGCGACAACGAAGGCAGCCGCUGGUUCAACGUGGGGCGCGCCCUCCUCGUCGCCGGCGCGCGGCUCUGCGCCUGCUGCCGCCAACCGGGCGCCAACAUCCCCUGCGCCGCGCACGACUGCGACCGCGCCGUCCACCUGCCCUGUGCCCAGCGAUGCCUCAACUGGCCUCGGUACAGCCAAGUCGAGCCGGUCUACCCGCUCUUCUGCCCAGCGCACCAGCAUCUGCUUCCGCGACGGCGGGCGGCGAAGCAGAGGCGCGUCUUGCCCUCCUGUGCUGGAGCGGCUGCGGCUCUCGCAGCGACCGCCUGUGACGGCGAGGCGGAGGAGCGACCCAGGCAGAGCGUCACAGCCGCGGGUGCGCGCGCGUCAACCCCCCUGGCCGCGGCUGCGGCGGUCGUGUCGCCCCGCGGGGACCCGGCGCGGAAGAAGGAGGAUCGCCGCGCGGCGGAGGCGCGGCGCAGCGAGGACGAACGUCGGCAGGCUGAGGCGCGCAGGACCCGGGAGCGCGUCGAGAUCGCGACGAGCUCGUCCGUGUCGCUGGCGGCGUCGCUCUCGCUGGCCUCGGGGCUCCGCUCCCUCUGGACGCUGCCGCCGCGUGCCAGCCAAGAGCGCGGGCGGAAGGCGCAGCCCCCGGUGCCCCGGGAGACGCCCCCCGCGGGAGCGCAGGACGACGUGCUCAUCAUCAUCUCCGACGACGACGACGACACAUCGGAGAACGUCAAGUGGCUCAUGCGCGCACCUCACCGAAAGGAGUCCAGUGACCGCUCGCUUGGCUUCCGCGAGUUCGACUGCGCGGCCGCGCUGUCGUCCUCUUCGCUCUCCUCGGCCUCGCUGCUGUCCUCUCUCUCUGCCUCGCUGGCCUCGUUCGCGUCUUCGAGGAAGCGCGUGCGCUCGCUGUCGCCGCCGGUCGGCGCCUUCGGCACCAAAGGGGCGACGCUGCCUGCCGCGAGUCCCCCCGCGGCGCGGUCCGCCCCUGCGCGGCCCUUCCCGCUGAUGCCUCUCGAGGGGCGGGACCCGCGGAGCCUGUCGGUCUUGGAGGCGCGGAAGAACUUCACCUUCGAGCUGCACAGACUCUUCGGGCGCCUGCAGCGCGCGGCUGGCGCCCUACGCGAGCCGAGCGGGGUCGCGCGGAAGCGCCCGCGAAGCGGCUGCGAGGAGACAAACGACAAAGAAAAGACGGCGACUGGGCACUAG